GCGAGUGUUGUCAAAUUUCUUCUUCUCUCAUCUUUACGUCGUCUAGAGAAAAAAAAGUGUUCUACUCUGCAGCGAAAAAACACUAGUUCUGUGCUACAGUGGUAAUUAUUCAAGUGAAAUUUUGUGUAAAUAUCCCGAAAUCAUCUGGAAUUCCACUGUGCAGAAAAUAUGAUAACAAUUAAGUCGAUUCCCGAUGAUAACUCAAAAGUGACCAAAAUCAGUAUGGGACAGUUAUGCGGGUGCCGGCAGAACGUUUUCGUAAAUUUACACCUCUACAAUUGAAAAUGCAAAUACAUCACACUCAACUCGUAAUACUCCGCUUCGACCCGUUCCUUCGACAACCACUGCGUUGAAGAAAUAGUCAAGAAAAAAUAGAACAAAUCACAACAUUCCCCCGAAAAAUCCUACAAUAAGACUGUAUUGAUAUUAAACAGCAACUCUCUUGCUCUGUCGUAAAAUGGAGCAUGGCAAAUUAGCCGAACUUAGCAGUACCACGCCUAGCAAGCAAGAAACAACAGCCACGCUUCAAUUGAGCGCCGCGCAGAAAACAGACGACAAUCUGAGCAUUAAAUCGUCCGACUCUGUUACCACCAGCGGAGAGUACGAAAUAGUUCCGGAGGUUCCAGCGCUUGGGGACGUACUUCCGUCGCCGCUGCUGAACAUUGUCCACACUGCUGGAACAUCUACUGUAGGUGGUCGGGCGGAUCCGGUGCGCGAAACGCGACAAUUUGCGGACCUCAAUCUAACCGAUUGCUUCGAGGAGGACGAAGUGGUAGUGAAUCUGGUUGCUGCGGCUCCACCAGCCAAACUGGACGCAAUUUCUCCCAUUCUAAACAUUGAAGGCAACGGAAACGUGUUGGAUUUGGAGAAAAAUAUGGAUGAGGUCAUACACGAGCUGGACGAAGAACGCACGCUCAGCGCUAGCGAUGGCGAGCCGGGAAGUGCAAACAAAACACCCGUUAAAUGUAUUCCCAGUAGCACGUCAAAACCGACAGCGCCACAGUUGUCGCUCCGAGGACUAAAGCUUCGACCGUCUAGCGCCGCCUUCGAGGAGAAAUCUCCCAAUCUGCUGUCACCGGAAAACCGCGUCGGUCAGUCAGUUUUCUACGACUGUCUCGAUUCCAGCCCAAUGACCGAGAAAAAAGAUGCCAUGAAAUCGGAUCACUACCCAGUGUCAGCAGAGACUGACGACGAACUGUCCGACAUUGACCAGGAGUGCACGAUUUUCAGCGGGGUGUCCUACCUGGGAGCGACCGGCAUCAAGACGCCCAAGUCGGAGAAAGAAGUGCUGCAAAAAGUGGCUGAAAUGAACGCCACCCAUUCCGCCCAGUCACCACUCGGUAUGAAAGUGUCCGUUAGCAUUCCGACACGCUCGGAAGGAUUGGUGGUGCUUUACGACGGCGAAACUAACACAGUCGUUGCCACCUACGAGGUGCAUCGGAUUAUCUUCUUCGCUCGUGGACCGGCUGGGACGCCGAAUCAAGCAUGUUUCGCGUUCACUUGGUCGCACGGAGAAUCACAGGAAACUACCAGUCACCAGUGCCAUGUCUUCAGGUGUGACAUCCCGGAAGCGGUUACUCAAGUUAACGCCUGUUUUGCGAAGGCCUUCCAGCGUGUGCUCCCUUCCAGCAUUCCGGCCAGUAUGACAACCUCGCUGGCCGACAUGACCUCGGACAGUGCUGGCAAUCCAAUUCAAUCGGCCAUGUACGAGUUCAGUAUAUCGUUGGAGAUCAAGGAGAAGGACAAAAGUAGCUACACGACAGUUCCCCGCGAUGCCAAAGCUAGCUUCCGGCUGAGAUGUAACACCGAUAAGGAAGUUUGCAUCGUCGUCAAACAAAUUCCUUCCGAGCUCUAUCCUGCCUUGUAUAUUGAAAGGUGCUUUGGAGUUUUACUCAGCCCAGGGAAAAUUGUACGGCAAGCCGAUAUGCAGCUUUUAGACAUGGUUAACAUGGGUUACAUUAAACCGGAAACAACAACACCCGCGCCGAAUCAAAUGUCCGCUUCGAUAACGUCUCUCAAUUCGAGCGCAUCGUUUGCCCAAAUGCCAUACCAAAUCCGAGCGGAAUGGAAAGCAAACGACAAAGCAUUCGAGCAGCUAAACACCGAAACGCAGAAAAAGAGUCUGACUGUAGCUGUUGAUCUAGUCAUUAAAGGGAUCCAAGAACCGGUGCGGUUCGUGAUCGAGGCAUCGGUCAUGAUUUUAUCACAAAGUGAACUUCGAAUAAUGCAAAAUCUGUUCACCAAUAAACGACUGCUGGUCAUGCACUAUUAUCUCACCUUGAAGGAGAGCGGCGAAGGUAACUGGAAGGUGGAAUCGAUUGAUCACUCGGAUGAAAUCGUAGAACAAAUGGCCCCCAAUUCACUAUCGCUGAAUCUCAAUUUCAAGACCUGGUCGUUUAAAACGUCUGCUAGCGUGCAGUCGAUGGAAUUUGAUGAUUCCAGUCCCGACUACAGCUCCGACGGGGACGAACCACUGCUUAGUGGUACGGGAGAAGUUUCCCGUGACUGUCCGACAGCUCUGCUGGACGAUUGGAAUGAGAUUCUAGUGGAGUGGGAUCGCGACAAUCUGGAUAAACGUCCGCGGAAUCUGACGCAGCUGGUCCGUUGUGGUAUUCCGGACAUUCUGCGCGGUACUAUCUGGCAGAAGCUGGCCAACGUGGAAAACAAAACCGAGAUGAUCGAUUCAUAUCGACUACUGAUCACCAAAGAAACAAGCUGCGAGAACGUAAUCCAGCGGGACAUUAAUAGAACUUUUCCGGCACACAAGUUCUUCAAGGAGAGCGGGGGAAUGGGACAGGAUAGUCUGUAUAAAGUGUCCAAAGCGUAUGCCGUUUAUGAUACUGAGGUUGGCUAUUGCCAAGGAUUGAGUUUUAUUGCGGCCAGUUUGCUGCUUCAUAUGCCCGAGGAAGAAGCUUUCUGCGUGCUGGUGGCUCUCAUGUACAACUACGGUCUCCGCGAUAUGUACAAACUGGGGUUCGAGUCACUCUAUCUACGUUUGUAUCAGUUGAAUCGUCUCAUGAAGGACCAUCUGCCGGAUCUUUCUGAGCACUUCUACAACACUGGUGUGGAAUCGCACAUGUUCGCCAGCCAGUGGUUCCUAACGCUAUUUACGGCUAGGUUUCCGCUGUACUUUGUGUUCUACAUAUUGGACGUUUUUCUACUGGAUGGUAUUACAGUCCUGUUCCAGGUCGCUCUGACCUUAUUAUCGGUGUGCAAAAAGGAUCUACUCGAAUUGGACUUCGAGGGAAUCCUCAAAUACUUCCGCGUAACGUUACCCAAGAAAUGUAGAAGCGAAAACCAGGCCAAACGACUGAUGAAACUAUCGUUCGAAUGUAAGAUUAAGAAGUUGAAAAAGUACGAACUCGAGUAUAUGGCGAAGAAGGAAGAAAACGAACGCAAGGAACGCGAAAUGAAACAAUACGAACAGAAGUUUAAUGAGGAGAAGGCAAAAAUGCAACUGGAAAUUGUAACUUUGAACGGAAAGUUGGAAGCAUUGAUAAAGGACGAAAAGAAAAACAGUGGAAUCAUCAUGGACUAUAAAGCUAUUAUCCAGAGACAGGAACACGAGAAUAACAAACUUCAUCAAAUGUUGGAUGAUCUCACAAAAACAGUCUCGGUUUGCUCAAAGUGUUCAUCUAGCAUACCGAAAUCUUCUCCGUUACAUAAAAAUUACGGAAAAAAUCUGCAACAUGCGAAUAAUGAAAAUAACAAUGAUCAAACCAUGCAUCAAGAAAGUAACCUGGGUCCGCUAGAUCCACUACUGAUUGCUACCCAGCGGAUACGAGAGCUGGAGCUAGAGCUGGCACAGGCUAAGCUGGCGCAAGUCGAAGCUGAAUGCAAAAAUCAAGACCUCCAUCAUCAACUAAACGCUACUCUUACCGAGAUGCAAUCGAAUCGCAGCAGCUGGCAGCCGUGGUUCUCGAAAACAUUGAACUCCAUUCAAGAAAAAGUAGUGACAAGGCGAGAUGUCAAUGCACCUAUGCCUACGUUUCAGUCGUAUGCUGACCCGAAUGUAAAAAUGCGUGAACAUGCCUCGACGCUCCCCGCGCAAACGCAGCUGCGUAACAAGCUGAACCAACGCCACACUUUAGCGCAAACCUCGUUCGACACGGUCAGUGUUGGGGAAACGGGACACGCUAGUCUAGAGGUACCGCCAGUCACCAGCGAUAGCCAGCUGUUUAGAGACUCCGCGCAAAGGUGUCACAGUCUUAAGUGAAUCCAGCCAGCAGUGAAACUGCAACUCUAAUAAAUUUAGCAGAAGAACACUGAUAAAGUACUAUUUAGCCGUUAACCCCUACCUACCUAUAAGUGCAGUAUAAGCCAUGCAAACAUGAUCUUUAUCUAGAGAAUGCUGAACGCGCGUUACAUAAGGUUUUUAAAGCUUGUGAUCAGGCUCUUGCCAGAUUGCGGCUAGAGCUUGGCACCAAUUCUUAAACUGAGCUUUUUUCUGCUCUAAAAAAACGAACGUUCAAACGAACUGUGAAAUGUGGAAUUGUUUCAUCCGGUUAAUUUAUCGUACCAAUCUGCUUCUUAGUAUUCGCUUUUCUGUUUAUGUAUCAUCAUAAACUACGCGUUGUGCAAUUGGUUUCGUUAACGUUACAAAAUCGUUUGCAGAGUUAGGAAACAUUGUUUUUGAUCAUAAAAUCCAGACAAAAAUUAUUAAACAUAUGUACUCAGUACCGUACAAAAAUAAACUUUACAGAAGUAAUGCAUUUCAUUUCGAAUGUUCAAACAUAUUUCAUAAACAAAGAAAAUAGGAUACUAUUAAUAGAACACACACAGACUCUCAGUUACUUGAACAUGUUAUAACGCCUGCAGUUUUCUACUGGGCACUAAGCUUUCUUUAUAGGUUCCCUAGUACACACUGUUGUGUCGGUAGCGCUUUCUCCGGAAACAUUGUAUAACCUUUUAGUAAUCACAAAAAUUGCGACCACAUGGAAAAACACAUGCUAUUUGGGUAAUCUCUUUGUAACUAUUAAAUCUCUGUUCGACUUAGCAUGCGAAGCAUCAAUAAAUAAUACAUGCGAUGUAAAAAAAUAAAGUGUAUAAGCUAAGCAUAUUAAUCGCUAUAAAGAA